AUGGGACUCGAAAAGUUUAACCCGUUCAAGAAGGACCGUCAGAACUUCCCCGGAAUUGUCAUUCCCUUAUCCGAAUCACCAGCUUACCCCAAUGGAGCCCCUCUUCCUGAGAAAGAGGAUAAAAAUGGUGGCCCCGAUGCUGCCAAAUCUUUGGAGCGUGCUUCCUCCUCGGAGAAUGGAUCUGCUGGCUCUUUACCAGAUACCAGUUAUUUGACUAUUGAGCUUCUUCGUGCAGAGAUCGAUGCUGAGACUUCUACUUCUGGCCAUGACUCUGUGUAUGAUCGCAAGGCCAAGGUGAUUAACCGGGCUCUUCAAGAUAUUGGCAUGGGCCGAUAUCAGUGGAAAUUGUUCUUCCUUUGUGGCUUUGGAUGGAUGGCAGACAACCUCUGGCUUCAGGGGGUCGCCUUAACUUUAACUCCUAUCGCGUAUGAGUUUGGCAUCGACGACUCAUGGGUGCGUUUCAGUACCUGUGCCCUUUUCCUAGGUCUGUGCAUCGGUGCCUCAUUUUGGGGUGUUGUUUCCGAUAUUGUUGGUCGUCGUCUGGCAUUCAACACCACCCUUUUCUUGGCCGGUGCUUUCGGUCUCGCUGCAGGUGGUGGUCCAACCUGGAUCGGCACCUCUGCUUUGUACGCUUGCCUAGGUCUUGGUGUUGGCGGAAACCUGCCCGUCGACGGCGCUCUUUUCCUGGAGUUUCUGCCCUGCGUCUCCGGAAACAUGUUGACAAUGCUGAGUAUCUGGUGGCCCAUCGGCCAGCUUAUUUCCAGUUUGCUCGCUUGGGCUUUCAUCCCGACUUACAGCUGCGCUAGCGCAGAGGGCUGUACCAAGGAGCAAAAUAUGGGCUGGCGCUAUCUGGUCCUGACUCUCGGUGCUAUCACUAUGUGCAUGUGGAUUGCCCGUUUCUUCUUCUUCCACCUAUAUGAGUCGCCGAAGUUUCUACUUUCCCGCGGUCGUCAGGAGGAGGCUGUUGCUUCGGUUCAUGGAAUCGCCUACGAGAACAAGGCCAAGACAUGGCUAACCAACGAGAUCCUCAACGAGAUCGGGGGUAUCAGCGAGACAAAAGAACACGAGAAGCUCUCAGUCGGCGAGAUCAUCAAACGGUUCUUUUCCAAGUUCUCAAUGGAACGCAUCGCCCCCCUCUUCUCUAACAAGCGCAUGGGAUUCACCACCGCUCUUCUCUGGUUCUGCUGGGCUACCAUUGGCAUGGGAUACCCUCUCUUCAACGCCUUCCUUCCCCAAUACCUCUCCCAAACCGGCGGCGAAACAAACUCCUCCUACAUCACCUACCGCAACUACGCCAUUACCUCGAUCGUCGGUGUCCCCGGCUCCUUCCUGGCUUGCUACACCGUCGAGAUCAAGUAUAUCGGCCGAAGGGGAACAAUGGCAAUUGCCACCGUCAUCACUGGCGUCUUGCUAUUCUGCUUCACCCUCUCUUCCACUUCAAACGUCCAGCUAGUCUGUACUUGUCUUGAAGCUUUCUUCCAGAACAUCAUGUACGGCGUAUUGUACGCAUACACACCCGAGGUAUUCCCCGCCCCAAACCGCGGUACUGGAUCUGGCAUCUCUAGCUGUCUGAACCGCAUCGCCGGUCUCUGUGCACCGCUAGUUGCGAUUUUUGCCAGCAGCUCGAAUGCGAAUGCGCCAAUCUACGCUUCUGGUGGUCUGAUGCUUGCUGCUUUCGUGGCAAUGGUUCUGCUUCCUAUUGAGACGCGGGGAAGGCAGACUCUAUAA